UUCAGUGACGGGGGCAUCACUGCAGCGCACUGAAGGGAAGGAAAGAACAGAAGGGAAAAGAAGGGAGAGAGGUGCCCCAUCCAUCCACUGAAUGUUCCCGCAGGACUUUAUCAACGUAUGGCUGCAUGAGAGGCUUUGAGCUCUCGCGCUUUCUCUCUCCGGGACUGUUGGGUUACUGGUUCUGUCCUGAUAUCAAGCAGUUGUCAAAAUAAUAUAACCAAACUCUUCGCGUCAGGACGGGCGCAGGUGGUCAUGGAUACACCUAUCAGAUGGAAAGUAAAGCGGAGGUUUAAGGAGGUGCGGCUCUCGGUACUCCUAGUAUUCCUGAUGUUUGUCACCUCACGAGUCAGCGCAGCUGAGCCAGCCGAUCUCCUAAAGAUUUUAGAUUUUCACAGUUUGCCGGAGGGUGUAUCGAAAACUACAGGCUUCUGCACACACCGGAAGUCAUCAAAAGGGCCUGAUGUCGCCUAUAGAGUCACAAAAGAUGCACAGCUUAGCGCUCCUACUAAACAACUCUACCCCUCAUCCGUGUUUCCUGAGGACUUUUCCAUCUUGGCGACGGUGAGGCCUAAAAAAGGCAGUCAGUCCUUCCUGCUGUCGGUGUAUAACGAACAGGGCAUCCAGCAGCUCGGUCUGGAGGUGGGACGCUCUCCUGUCUUCCUGUACGAGGAUCACCUGGGCAAACCCAGCCCAGAGGACUACCCGCUCUUCAGAGGGGUCAACUUGGCGGACGGAAAGUGGCACCGUGUGGCGAUCAGCGUUCACAAACAGAGCAUCACUCUGGUUUUGGACUGUAAGAAAAAGGUGACACGGACGCUAUCCAGAAGCCCUCACCCCAUCAUCGACACCAAAGGCAUUGUGGUCUUCGGGACACGUAUCUUGGAUGAGGAGGUGUUUGAGGGUGACAUCCAGCAGCUGAUGAUUGUAUCGGACCAUCGUGCUGCGCUUGACUACUGUGAGCACUACAGCCCUGACUGUGAGGUUCCUGCACCCGAACAGCCCCAGAACCAAGACCCAAACACUGAUGAAUAUAACACAGAGGAUGAUAACUACUAUUACGAAUAUCCAUACUAUGAGGACAUGGAUGCAGAAAAGACAGCCGAUGAAACGACUGGAACCGAAACUGAAGACCUAACGGUGUCUGUUCCAGAUAGCAGUCGUGUGGUUACGUCGGUUAUCACUAGUGGAACAGGAGGCUCCAGCAGUUCUUCGAGUAGCUCCUCGUCAUCCUCCUCUUCAUCCUCUUCAUCAUCCAGCUCUACCACGAAUACUGGCGAGGAACCGUAUGAUGGCUACGAUGGAUACGAAACAUACUAUGACGAGACGACCUCACGGCCUGAUGGCUCCCAGACCAUCAGCAUCACUAGCACAGGCACAGGUACCGGUGGAGAAGUGGAUAUGGGACUGGGCGGUGAGGUGGAUAUGGGACUGGGAGACCUGGACAGGCGGAUCAUCACAUCAUCAUCAUCAUCAUCAGGAGGAGGAGGAAGUGGAAGAGUACACUCAACAGUCACAGUCAUUCACAAUGGAACCUCCGGCUCCAGUUCUGGCUCCGGCACCGGCUCUAGCACCAGAAUCAUUACUAGCUCCAGCUCCGGCUCCAGCUCUGGAGUCAGUACCGGCUCCAGCUCCAGCUCCAGCUCUACCUCAGUUGAUGGUGGUUAUGAUGAUAACCUGUACGGUGAGGGUCUUGAUCCGACCUAUGGAGAGGGAUAUGGAGAAGGAUACGGAGAGGGAGAGUAUACUGUGGAAGGAGGCGGCGGCAGCACCAGCACUUCAGUGUCCGUAGGGGGCGGAUCUGUUUCUGUAGGGGGCGGAUCUGUUUCUUCGAGUGGCUCAGUUGGGGGCGGAUCCAGCAGCGCUGGGGCCAGCGUGGGGGUGGGGUCUGUUGCCACGGGAGGACAGGGGGGAAUCGGUGGAGAGACAGACUCCAUCGAUAUCGACAACUUCAAGGAGGAGUCCAUCACGGAUUACACCGAAGCAGACCUGGAGAAGAUGUAUGAUUAUGACAACCUGUACCCUGACGGCGACAAAGAGCUGCCCGCCGAGACCGACGAGAUCUACGGACAGGUGGAUGGACUGAGAGGAGAGAAAGGGCAAAAAGGAGAGCCUGCAAUCAUUGAACCUGGAAUGCUGGUUGAAGGCACACCUGGUCCAGAGGGUCCCACAGGUCUCCCCGGUCCUCCAGGUUCAUCGGGAUCCCCAGGUAGCCCUGGAGAGCCCGGUGAGAGGGGUCCUACUGGUCGCCCUGGUCUGCCUGGAGCUGAUGGUCUUCCAGGACCUCCAGGGACUGUCCUGAUGUUGCCUUUCCGCAUGAGUACAGGAGGGGACAGCGGACAUAAAGGUCCUGCAGUUUCUGCCCAAGAGGCUCAGAUGCAAGCCAUCAUGCAGCAGGCCAGGCUGGCGAUGAGGGGUCCAACCGGACCCAUGGGUUUGACGGGCCGUUCUGGUCCUCUGGGGCCUCCUGGUGUGUCUGGUCUGAAAGGAGAGUCUGGAGAAUCAGGACCUCAGGGUCCUCGUGGUCCACUGGGAUCCCUUGGCCCUCCUGGAAAGCCUGGUAGAAGGGGUCGACCCGGCUCAGAUGGAGCCAGAGGGAUGCCUGGACAGACGGGAACAAAGGGUGACCGAGGAUUCGACGGGCUGGCUGGUUUGCCUGGAGAAAAGGGUCACAGGGGUGAGUCGGGUCCUCAGGGGCCUCCUGGGCCUCCAGGAGAGGACGGAGAAAGAGGUGACGAUGGUGAGGUCGGACCCAGAGGUCUGCCCGGAGAAUCGGGUCCUCGCGGUUUGUUGGGCCCCAAAGGUCCCCAAGGGCCUCCAGGACCUCCUGGUGUGACUGGUAUGGACGGACAUCCUGGACCUAAAGGAAACAUUGGUCCUCAAGGUGAGCCAGGACCUCCAGGACAACAAGGCAACCCCGGAGCUCAGGGACUUCCAGGUCCUCAGGGAGCGAUCGGACCUCCAGGAGAGAAGGGUCCCACUGGAAAACCAGGCUUAGCAGGAGUGGCAGGAGCUGACGGACCUCCGGGCCACCCAGGAAAAGAAGGGCCAUCUGGCGAGAAAGGACACUUGGGACCUCCGGGUCCUCAGGGGCCGAUCGGAUAUCCUGGCCCUCGAGGUGUAAAGGGUGCUGAUGGAGUCCGCGGGCUGAAAGGAAACAAGGGUGAAAAGGGAGAAGACGGAUUUCCAGGAUUUAAGGGAGAUAUGGGCAUCAAAGGCGACAGGGGAGAACUUGGUGCCGCCGGACCCAGAGGUGAAGACGGGCCUGAAGGACCCAAAGGAAGAUCUGGUUUACCUGGAGAUGCUGGACCGCUCGGGCCGACCGGAGAGAAGGGUAAGCUUGGUGUACCCGGGUUGCCAGGUUAUCCAGGAAGACAAGGCCCCAAGGGUUCUCAAGGAUUCCAGGGAUUCCAAGGAACCGGUGGAGAGAAAGGCACAAGGGGGACAGCAGGGAAGCCGGGACCCCGAGGACAGAGAGGACCUACGGGACCCCGUGGUGAAAGAGGGCCGAGGGGACCAACUGGGAAAGCAGGACCAAAGGGCAACUCAGGAAGCGACGGCCCCCCAGGACCACCCGGUGAACGGGGUCCGUUAGGCGCAGCGGGACCUACUGGAUUCCCCGGCCCUAAGGGUCCACCGGGUCCUCCCGGAAAGGACGGGCUGCCCGGACACCCUGGCCAGAGAGGAGAGACUGGUUUCCAAGGUAAAACUGGACCUCCCGGACCCCCAGGUGUAGUCGGACCUCAGGGACCAACAGGUGAGACAGGACCAAUGGGAGAGCGAGGCCACCCUGGACCCCCAGGACCACCCGGUGAACAGGGUCUACCUGGAUCUGCUGGAAAAGAGGGAGCAAAGGGAGAUCCAGGUCCUGCAGGACCCACAGGUAAAGAUGGACCUCCAGGACUCAGAGGGUUCCCAGGCGAGAGAGGCUUACCAGGACCUGUGGGAUCAGCAGGUUUGAAAGGGAAUGAAGGACCUGCAGGGCCACCUGGACCCGCUGGCUCUCCUGGUGAACGUGGUGCUGCUGGCCCAGCUGGACCUACUGGCCUCCCGGGCCGACCCGGACCUCAAGGACCCCCGGGCCCAGCUGGAGAGAAAGGUGGACCUGGCGAGAAAGGACCUCAAGGCCCAGCCGGUAGAGAUGGUAUUCAGGGACCUGUGGGACUUCCAGGCCCAGCCGGACCCAUCGGAUCCCCAGGAGAGGAUGGUGAUAAGGGUGAGAUUGGAGAGUCGGGACAGAAGGGAAGCAAAGGUGACAAGGGCGAGCAGGGUCCUCCAGGUCCCGUCGGUAGCCAAGGUCCUUCGGGUCAGCCGGGUCCACCUGGUGCUGAUGGAGAGCCAGGUCCCAGAGGUCAGCAGGGUCUGUUUGGACAGAAGGGAGAUGAGGGCGCACGAGGUUUCCCAGGACCACCCGGACCCGUCGGCCUUCAGGGUUUGCCUGGACCCCCCGGUGAGAAGGGAGAGACCGGUGACGUCGGUCAGAUGGGUCCACCCGGUCCUCCUGGCCCCAGAGGCCCCUCCGGACCCCCAGGAGCCGAUGGACCACAGGGACCUCCCGGAGGAAUCGGCAACCCAGGAGCCGUGGGAGAAAAGGGAGACGCCGGUGAACUAGGAGAACCAGGUCCGCAAGGAGACAUCGGCCCUUCAGGUCCAAGUGGUUUCCCUGGUGAUCCUGGUCCUCCUGGAGAGCCUGGUUCACCUGGUUUGGAUGGUGCUUCUGGAGAUAAGGGUGAUGAUGGAGAGCCUGGUCAGGCGGGAUCCCCUGGACCUACUGGUGAAACCGGCCCCACUGGCCCUCCAGGAAAGAGAGGACCUCAUGGACCUGCUGGACCUGAAGGAAGACAGGGAGAGAAGGGUGCCAAGGGUGAAUCUGGUCUCCUGGGUCCACCUGGUAAGACAGGUCCAGUUGGUCCUCAGGGAAGCCCUGGAAAACCUGGUCCCGAGGGUCUGAGAGGGGUGCCUGGACCAGUGGGAGAACAAGGACUACCCGGUGCUCCUGGACCCGAUGGACCUCCUGGACCGAUGGGUCCUCCUGGACUGCCUGGACUGAAGGGAGAUACUGGUAUUAAAGGUGAAAAGGGUCAUCCUGGUCUCAUUGGACUCAUCGGACCUCCAGGAGAACAGGGAGAGAAGGGAGACAGAGGGCUGUCGGGUCCACAGGGAACUGCAGGAACUAAAGGAGACACUGGUAUUUACGGACCCGCUGGACCUAUUGGACCCAUUGGACCUCCUGGUCUCCCGGGUCCUCCUGGUCCUAAAGGUGCUAAAGGAUCAUCUGGUCAGACUGGGCCGAAGGGAGAAGCUGGACAGCCGGGACAGCCUGGACCUCCAGGUCCACCUGGUGAUGUCAUCCACCCUCUGCCUAUCCAGUUCAGCCCCAAACGGGCAAAGAGGAACAUUGAUGCCAGCCAGAUGAUGGAUGAUGCUGCUGACGCCAACUACAAAGACUAUGAGGAUGGCAUGGAGGAGAUAUUCGGCUCUCUGAACUCUCUCAAACUGGAGAUUGAACAGAUGAAACACCCACUGGGCACACAGAGUAACCCCGCCCGCACCUGCAAAGACCUGCAGCUGUGCCACCCAGAUUUCCCAGAUGGUGAAUACUGGAUUGAUCCGAACCAGGGCUGCUCCAGAGACUCUUUCAAAGUGUACUGUAACUUCACAGCAGGUGGAGAGAGCUGCAUCUUCCCAGAGAAAAAGAGUGAAGGGAGCAAAAUGGCUCGCUGGCCCAAAGACAGUCCAGGCACUUGGUAUAGUCGCUACAAGAGAGGGUCCAUGCUCUCGUACAUGGAUGCGGAGGGCAAUCCGAUCGGAGUGGUCCAGAUGACAUUCCUGCGUUUACUCAGCGCCACGGCUCGGCAGAACCUGACUUACAACUGUUACCAAUCGGUGGCUUGGCACGACCAGGAACUGGACUCUUACGAUAAAGCCAUCCGCUUCCUGGGCUCCAAUGAUGAGGAGAUGUCUUACGAUAACAACCCAUACAUCAGAGCCGCCGUCGACGGAUGUGCGUUGAAAAAGGGCUAUGAAAAGACUAUUCUUGAGAUCAACACACCAAAAGUGGAGCAGGUACCAUUUGUUGACAUUAUGUUCAACGAUUUCGGCGGAGCGACGCAGAAGUUCGGCUUUGAGGUCGGACCGGCCUGCUUCAUCGGCUAAGACUGCUCAGCGAGCACACGCGAACAAAACAUAUUCAUUUUCUCCGAAAACAAAACACGAGAAAGAAAUAGGACGACUUAUUUGUAAAGUUUUGUGUUUCCAAACAAACCCGACAGAUACCAAAGUAAGGAUAAAAGAAAUUUGAAGACAGAAUGGAUGUCUAAGCAAUGGGUUCUUAUAACAGAGCAACCUUUUUAACCUCAGUGUACCCUCUGCAUCACAUGCAAGUUUUGAAACUGGAUGAGGUCAUCGCUCGUGUCUCUCCCAGCCCCGCCCACUUUACCAUCCGACUCUUCGCCCCUCCCACAGGCUGUAUAGACAGAUUAGAUCCAUCCUUUUAUUUCCCGCCUGUUCAUGGACUUGUAGCUCUAUGCACGUCCGGUUCGGCAUUUCUCGUACGAGAAAUCUUUUCCGCUGGUUUGUUUGCUUGGGUUUUAUCUUGUUCCUUUUUCCACUUCUAAGCUUUGUUUUUUUGUGCAUACUUGUCUUCCAUUCCCUGGAAUGGUGAUUAUAUAUAUAUAAAUAUAUAUAAAUAUUUUUUUUUCUAUGUUUGUAAGUACUUUCUGUAUAUUUUUUUUUCCGGUGAAGUGAUUUUUUAUUUUUUUUGGUUCUGGCUUCAAAACAUGCAUGUGAACCCAUUGAACGAUAAGGACAGAGCUGCUGGUUA